GCAAGCCAAAAGGUAAUGUUCUGGAAGCAGCAUUCAGCCAAACAGGCCGGAGGGGAAUCGCAGCGCCCUGGCCUCCCGGGUUAGGCGAACUGGCAGCCCACCCACGUCCAGCUCCGCGAGGUCCUCCGCGGGGUGGCGCCCCCACUGGCCGCGGAGGCUGCCGACCAACCCUCACCCGUUACCGUCUUCCUCCCCUUCCCAGCGGCUGGCGUCCUGCUCCUCUACUGCCCGGCUUCCUGAAAUCACCUCCCAGACAAGCUGCUUGUGUUUGCAGCCUUGCCUCAGAGACUGCUUCUGGAAACGCCAAGCUGUGGCCACAGGAAAAGCAUCGUAAAGGGCUUACUCCGAGGGGAGAAUCAGGCCUAUCGUUUUGUAUUCGAUCGCAGACACGUCACUAAUUCCGUUUCGUGCGCGCAUUUGAUUUCUCAGCCACGGACCAGUGUGCUCCUGGACUCUGACACAUCGUUUUAAGUGGGUAAGCCCAAGAAGCCUACACUUCCCAUUGGAAGGCACAAGGACACAGGGACAGCUCUAGAACCUUUCUCCAGAUCGGUUAAGCCUGGCCACUGGGUCACCGCACGGGGAGCCUGUCUCACUGUUGAAGUGUUGGUCACUAGCACUGCGGUCCAUGCCAGGGGCAGAGAGAAAAGGAUGGGGCGAGCCCCGAUCCACUUUCGCUGUGUUCUUCCGCGCAGAGAUGGAGCGUGCACGUCGCCUCUCUCCUGCCCCCCAGAGCGCCCCUCUUCGCCCCAGACGGGACCUCUCCUUGGGCUGCUCCCGGACCAAUCACCGCCUGCCUCAGGCUUCGCCGGAAACCUUUCCCGCUCUUAGUAAUUCUGAAAGAGGUUCUGCCGUUCUUAGCAAAAUCUAACCAAACGUGUCCGGAAAUUGCGUACUUGAGCAACAGAGCAACUCAGAAAAAGACAAAUGCCCAGCGAUCUGGCUCUAUUUGCACUGUUCCCACAGCCGGGCAUCAUUACCUCUCUCUGUGUGCGUGCACAAGGCAAGGAGGACCACGUGGAGACUUGCACGUGUGCGAGUCCAAGGGAUCGUGGGUUGUUGGCAUCGUCGCUCCAGCCUGGGGUCUGUCGCUAUGGAGCCAAGCUGGCCUGCUGCUAUGGCUGGAGGAGGAGCGACAAGGGAGUCUGUGAAGCUACGUGUGAACCUGGAUGCAAGUUCGGGGAGUGUGUGGGACCAAACAAAUGUCAUUGCUUUCCAGGAUACACCGGGAAAACCUGCAGUCAAGAUGUGAACGAGUGUGGAAUGAGACCCUGGCCGUGUCAACACAGAUGUAUGAAUACACAUGGUAGUUACAAGUGCUUCUGCCUCAGUGGGCAUAUGCUCAUGCCGGAUGCCACGUGUUCCAACUCUAGGACGUGUGCGCUGACAAACUGCCAGUAUGGCUGUGAAGACACGGAGGGAGGGCCACGCUGUCUCUGUCCAUCCUCCGGCCUCCGCCUGGCCCCGAAUGGAAGAGCUUGUCUAGAUAUUGAUGAAUGUGCUUCUGAUAAAGCCGUCUGCCCCUACAAUCGAAGAUGUGUGAACACAUUUGGGAGCUACUACUGCAAAUGUCAUGUUGGUUUUGAACUGAAAUAUAUCAGUGGCCGAUAUGACUGUGUAGAUAUAAACGAAUGUGCUGGGAAGACCCAUACGUGCAGCCCCCACGCCAAUUGCCUCAAUACCCCAGGAUCCUUCAAGUGUAAGUGCAAGCAGGGAUUCAAAGGCAGCGGCCUUCAGUGUUCUGUUAUCCCUGAAAAUUCUGUGAAGGAAUUCCUCAAAGCACCAGGUACCAUGAAAGACAGAAUCAAGAAGUUGCUUGCUCACAAAAAUAGCAUGAAAAAGAAGGUAAAAAUUAAAAACAUUAUCACAGAACCUGUGGGCACUCCCGCCCCUAAGGUUAACUUGCAGCCCUUCAGCUCUGAAGAGAGUGUUUCCAGAGAUGGGGACCCUAGUGGAGAAAGAAAGAGGAAUGAAGAGGGAAAGAAAGAGGGCCUGGAGGAGGAGAGACGAGAUGAGAAAGCCCUGGAAAACCACGUGGAGCAGGAACAAAGCCUUCGAGGAGAUGUGUUUUCCCCUAAGGUGAAUGAAGAUGGUCAGGUUGAUUUGGUUCUAGUCCAAAGAAAAGCUACAACAUCCAGCCUGGAGCACAGAGAUUUAAAUAUCUCAGCUGACUGCAGCUUUGACCAUGGGGUCUGUGACUGGAAACAGGAUAUAGAAGAUGAUUUUGACUGGAAUCCUGCUGAUCGAGAUAAUGCUGUUGGCUACUAUAUGGCAGUUCCGGCCCUGGUGGGCCAGAAGAAGGACGUUGGCCGUUUGAAACUUCUCCUCCCCGACCUGCAGCCCCAAAGCAACUUCUGUUUGCUCUUUCAUUACCGGCUGGCUGGAAACAAAGUAGGGAAGCUUCGAGUGUUUGUGAAGAACAGUAACAGUGCCCUGGCCUGGGAGAAGACCAGGAGUGCAGAUGAACGGUGGAAGACGGGGAAAAUACAGCUCGACCCAGAGAUGGAUACUCCCAAAAGCAUCAUUUUUGAAGCAGAACGUGGCAAGGGCAAAACCGGAGAAAUUGCAGUGGACGGCGUCUUGCUGGUUUCAGGCUUAUGUCCAGGUGGCCUUUUAUCUGUGGAUGGCUGAAUGUUAUUGUUGCCUUUUACAUCGUUAUGUUUGGCUUUCUAUGUCAGUUCUCUGUUUUUUGACAUUACAUCAUAGACCUCUCCCAUUUUAGAAAUACAAAGUGAAAAAUUGUAAUGCACCAACAGAAUCAUUAUUGUAAGAUGCUUUUCUUGUGUGAGAUAUGCCAAUAUUUGCUUUAAAUAUAGUACCACUGUGUCUUCUCACUCAUCUCUGAAUUUAUAAAAUAUGGAGUUGUCAGUUCAGCUCCCCCUCGCAGUAUAUUUGAUUUGUCUGCAUGACUUGAUGAAUCUAUUUUACAACGUUUCUAGAAUUACCAAAAAGGAAAAAAAAAAAAGGCACAGAAAAAUGUUUAACUGUCUGACUUUUAUGGCAUUUCUUGGAAACUGUGACAUCACAGAUAGACUUUUACCUACGUGGCUUAGCCUGAUCUUUUACAGCCAAGCUUGUAUAUUUAAAUUCUUUAUAAUAAUAAUAUCCAAAUACUCACCUUUUGUCAUGGUUUAAGUUUUUCUAAGU